CUGGCGCAGCGGGUGCAGCGGCUGCUUCCUGCGGCUAAGUCAAUCCUGUCAACUUCCAGGGCACUCACCUUCUCUGCCCCUGGCGUGCUGCAGCGAUCAUUGCACUUCCAUGCUGUUUCCCAACAAUACAAAGUUCAGCCGAGGGCUUUGAUUCUCCAGUUUACGUGCAUCCAAAGACGGCCAUUCAGCUCCUCUCAGAGCAAUUCAGAAGACAUUGGAUGUCCUAUGGAGGUGGCAAAGGCGCAGCCACGAGCAUAUUAUGAGAUGACCAAUGAGCAGCUCUUGAUUUUCACGUCCAAGGGAGAUUCUGCAGCAUGCAAGGAGAGGUUGCUCAGAGAGAUCAUGGCUGUGGACAAGGUCACUUGGGAUGAUGCACAUCAGCGCCUGUUCGAGAUUGAGGAGUCGAACUCACGUGGUCUCGGCUUGUUCACCAUGCCUUACAAGACGGGAAUCGUGGUCAGUGUAGCAGCUGGUUUGAUCUCCGUUCCGAUGGUUUUCGACCUCAACACUGCGUUGUGGUUCAAUGAGCAAUUCGUCACUACGGAGGUGGCGGAUGCCAAGGACUUAGAGACAUGGUUAGAAGUGGGAUCUUGGACUUGGGGUUGGAACGAGCCCGUGCUGGGGACAGUCUCUUUCGUCCUGCUCUGUCUUCAGUUUGCCAGAAACCAGAUGAUCAACCUCGGAGCCAAGCCCUACACAGGAGCCCUGCAACAGUGGAGGGCACGAAGACUCUGCAGGGCGUAUCCUCAGUACAACGCAAGCAUCAUCUCCGAGUUCUCCAUGGCAGACGACUUCAAGCCGGAGAAGCUGAAGGAGAACGAUCCUCGCAUGCCUCCGCACAUCCCCCCUUGGAGUUCGGGCAACUGAGAGGCGAGGAGCUAGAUGAGGUUUGCGACUUUACACGUUUGAAUACAAGAAGGACAGUCG